AUGCGUGUCAUCAUCGCACUUCUGAGCUUGGCCACUUUCGCCAAUUCUCUCUACUUCCACAUCGCAGAGACCGAGAAGAAGUGCUUCAUCGAAGAGAUUCCAGAUGAGACUAUGGUGACCGGAAACUACAAAGUUCAACUAUUCGAUCCGAACACAAAGGGAUACGGAGAUUAUCCGAAUAUUGGAAUGCACGUCGAGGUUAAGGAUCCAGAGGACAAGGUAAUCCUCUCGAAACUCUACACUGCCGAGGGACGUUUCACAUUCACCUCGAACACACCCGGAGAGCACAUCAUUUGUAUCUAUUCGAAUAGUACGGCCUGGUUUAACGGAGCUCAACUUCGUAUUCAUUUGGAUAUUCAGGCUGGAGAUCAUGCUCAGGAUUAUGCACAGAUCGCCCAAAAAGACAAAUUGAACGAGUUGCAACUCCGCAUCCGUCAACUAUUGGAUCAAGUCGAUCAGAUCACGAAAGAGCAGAAUUAUCAGAGAUAUCGUGAAGAGAGAUUCCGUCAGACUUCAGAAUCCACCAACUCUCGCGUCUUCUAUUGGUCCAUCGCUCAGGUCGUCGUCCUCGCCAUCACUGGUGCUUGGCAAAUGCGUCAUCUUCGUGGAUUCUUUGAGGCCAAGAAACUCGUUUAA